UGGCGGCCGGCGCCGUGGUUGGUGUCGGUUGGCGGUUAGUGGAAAGGCGUUGCAGCCUUGGCAGGGCUUAAAGUCGUUCUCGAGAAGAACGUCUUUGUCCGAAGAGAAAAUGAGCUUAGCUCUGAGAAAUGAGCUUGUAGUAGACAAAACAAAGAGGAAAAAACGAAGAGAACUCUCUGAAGAACAAAAGCAAGAAAUUAAAGAUGCUUUUGAAUUAUUUGAUACCGACAAAGAUGCAGCAAUAGAUUAUCAUGAGUUAAAGGUGGCAAUGAGAGCCUUGGGGUUUGAUGUGAAAAAGGCUGAUGUUCUGAAGAUUCUUAAAGACUAUGACAGAGAAUCCACAGGGAAAAUCACCUUUGAAGAUUUUAAUGAAGUUGUGACAGACUGGAUAUUAGAUAGAGACCCUCAUGAAGAAAUACUGAAGGCAUUUAAACUAUUUGAUGAUGAUGAUUCUGGUAAAAUAAGCUUGAGGAAUUUGCGACGAGUUGCCAGAGAAUUGGGUGAAAACAUGAGUGAUGAAGAACUUCGGGCUAUGAUAGAAGAAUUUGACAAAGAUGGUGAUGGAGAGAUAAAUCAAGAGGAAUUCAUUGCUAUUAUGACUGGUGACAUUUAAAGAACUACAAGGAUAAACAAGAAGAAUGUUGUAGUUACCAUCUCAAUUUCUAUUUUUGUGCCUGGAACCAUGUUUUAAAGAAAAAAUAGCCAACUUAGUUUUUUCCCUCCAGAAGGACCAAAAAUAAGCAUCUUAUGUAUUCAUAUUUUGCUACUGCUAAGUUUAUUUGUACGAAUAGUAUUGUUAGUAGUGUGAUGGUUUAGCUUUGUAUUUAUAAUAUAACUUUUAUAUAAAGUUUUUAAAAAUGUAAUCAUGUGGUAUACAUUCUUUUAAUUUUUUUCAACAUAAGUAGUGACUUUUGGUGUACAAGUUUUUCAGAUUUUUGUUAAUAAAGUGUUUAUUUUAGUAUUUUAAGGUUUAGUGAAUUGCCUGUUUAUUUCAUUUCCAAAUAUUUGUUAACUUUUUUCAACUCUUAUGCUGGUUUCAGAAACAAAGCAAUAGAAUAGUACAUUUUUUCAUAGUAAGUUUGGUAUUCUAUGUCUCAAUAUAAAAUGAUGACUUCAUAUGGGCACAGUUCCAUUUUUAACAGUCACAUCUUUCAGAGUGGAGUGAAAAUGUAUGUAUAGGCACUUUGUCCUCAUUAAUUAUGUUCUAUAACCCUUUUGGUCCCUUAACCUAAGUUAUGACAGUUAAAUCUUAGUAUUUCCUUCUGAACUAAUAAAGUUUGAACCAUAUAACUUCUUGACAGUGUGAGAGAUAUAAAUUUUAGAAUUUUGAUCUGUUAAGAUUAUCACUCAGUUGA